CAAAUGGGGAAGACAAUGAGAAUUUCCAGGGCGUUGCUACUGGAUGCUUGAACAGGAACUGAUGCAUAUUGUUUUUGUUCAAUAUUUGGAGGUUAAGGGUAAUAGGAUAAGCUCCAGUGGAAUAAAAGAAAACAAUUCAAUUUCUCUGAGUGGCUCCACUUCUGUGAAUAUUGAUUCAACUGCAAACACAUCCAGCACAUUGUCACCACUAUGUGAAGAUGAUGAUUCUGGUAUAUAUAGUUAUCUCUUAGCCUUAUGUCUGUUUAGGGACAUAGUUCUAUUUACAGGCUACCUUGCUUUACUAAAAGUUUUGCCUCUUUCCUUUCUAGGAAACCGAGAUGGUUGGAUUCAUGGGAAUAAAGUAAAAGAAAACGACUCCCAAAGAUUAAUGGGUGUCCCAGCAUUAGAUGCUUCCUUUGAGAAUCCGUUGGCAAGAUACCAGAACCUACCUUAUAAUCUUGUGUUGACUCAGACAAAUCUUUCUAAUGUUGGAUUAAUGUCCGAGGAAGGGCAUCUCAGAAAUCCUCUUCAAAACCAAGGAAACAUAUAAAACUAUUUCUUAAAAAAAUCAAUUAUAAUUUGUUUAUAAUUAAGGUCAUAACAAACCUAACCAUAAUCAUUAUAUAUAUAUAUAUAUAUAUAUAUAUAUAUAUAUUCUUCUCCUGUUCGUUUCUAAUCACAACAACACCAAAAUUAUUCAAUGAUUGACCAAUAUGUUUUAUAUAUUAUUUAAGAUUUAGCCAAUUGUUAGAUCUCUUACACAAACCACUAUUUUUUUUUGCUAUAUUUUUUAACAUAUUUGGCUCAUGAACGUUCAGAUCUUCAUUCCAUUGGUGGUUUGGUCCCUCUCCUUGCCUAUCUUAAGAAUUCCAACGCCAAGAUCCGAGCAAAAGCAGCUGAUGUUUUGACAACGGUUGUUCAAAACAAUCCUUGUAGCCAGCAGCUUGUUAUGGAAGCAAAUGGCUUCGAGCACAACUUCAUUACUGAUCCGGACGUUAGAGUCCGGACCAAAGCCCUCGGUGCUAUAUCUUGUACGAGUUUACUAUCCGCAAUGUAAGAAGCUAUAUUUGGAUACAUAAAGUCGUGCAGAAUAACCAGGAAAUUGAAUAAAUCUCUUAGGAGUUAGGAUGAAGAAGCUAUCCCACUUUCAAAUCAGGUGAUCCCAUUUUCCUUUUGGAAUAUGACCGCUUCUUCGCCAUUCCAAACAAACCAGGAUGAACCGCGAUGUAAGAAGCUUGAUUUGGAUACAUAAAGUAGUGGAGAAUCACGAGGAAGUUGAAUAAAUCUCACAGGAGUUAGGAUGAAGAAGCUAUCUCACUUUCAAAUCAGGUGAUUCCAGUUUUCAUGUUUGCGAAUAUAACAACUUUUUCGUCAUUCUAAUCAAACCAGGACGAGCCGCGAUGUAAGAAGCUGUAGAAGAAGGAAAUAUGUAUGACUUACAAAGCAAUCAGGAGAUGUCAUAUCACAAUCUGGUAAUAAUAUAUGGUAUCUUUAUCUUUAUGUCUGUUUAGGGACAUAGUUCUAUUUACAGGCUACCUUGCUUUACUAAGAGUUUUGCCUCUUCCCUUUCUAGGAAACCGAGAUGGUUCGAUUCAUGGGAAUAGAGUAAAAGAAAACGACUCCCAAAGAUUAAUGGGUGUCCCAGCAUUAGAUGCUUCCUUUGAGAAUCUGUUGGCAAGAUACCAGAACCUACCUUAUAAUCUUCUGUUGACUCAGACAAAUUUUUCUAAUGCUGGAUUAAUGUCCGAGGAAGGGCAUCUCAGAAAUCCUCUUCAAAACCAAGGAAACAUAUAAAACUAUUUCUUUAAAAAAAUCAAUUAUAAUUUGUUUAUAAUUAAGGUAAUAACAAACCUAACCAUAAUCAUUAUAUAUACAUAUAUAUAUAUAUAUAUAUAUAUAUUCUGCUCCUGUUCGUUUCUAAUCACAACAACACCAAAAUUAUUCAAUGAUUGACCAAUAUGUUUUAUAUAUUAUUUAAGAUUUAGCCAAUGGUUAGAUCUCUUACACAAACCACUGUUUUUUUUUGUUAUAUUUUUUAACAUAUUUGACUCAUGAACGUUCAGAUCUUCAUUCCAUUGGUGGUUUGGUCCCUCUCCUUGAAUUCUUAACAUAUCUUAAGAAUUCCAACGCCAAGAUCCGAGCAAAAGCAGCUGAUUUUUUGACAACGGUUGUUCAAAACAAUCCUUGUAGCCAGCAGCUUGUUAUGGAAGCAAAUGGCUUCGAGCCCUUGUUAACCAACUUCAUUACUGAUCCGGACGUUAGAGUCCGGACCAAAGCCCUCGGUGCUAUAUCUUGUAAGAGUUUACUAUCCGCAAUGUAAGAAGCUAUAAUUGGAUACAUAAAGUAGUGCAGAAUAACCAGGAAGUUGAAUAAAUCUCUUAGGAGUUAGGAUGAAGAAGCUAUCCCACUUUCAAAUCAGGUGAUCCCAUUUUCCUUUGGGAAUAUGACCA